AGGAGCUCUGAUGCUCACAGACCACUGAGAGGCUGCCAGUGACACUCCCGGUGCACCAGAGUAUCCACCGGUCAGGCAGCGCCAUUUCCCCAACUCCUCACGGUAAACCCGGAGGUGAGACGGGAAGUUGCGUGAAAGGCUAAUGUGAUUUGUCGGGGAGAUAUAUACCGGUUACAGCAGGUGGAGUUAAAACCUGAAGGUGGCCCUACCAUCAACUGGAAGCAGGUCAACAGUAGUCCUGAACCACAAGAGUCAGGAUGAAUUUCAUCAAUCUGAAUUACCAAACCGUGUGCUCGGAUGAAGACCGAAAAAGGUUUUUUAAGAAUGGCUGCUACAUGCAGGUGACUAAGAAGAAGUACAGGAGGCGCUUCCUACGCAAGGAUGGGAACUGCAACAUCCAUUUUAAGCGGGCGUUUGGAGAAUGGGAGAAUUACUUCUCUGAUAUUUUCACCACGCUGAUCGACCUGAAGUGGAGGCAGAUGUUCCUGAUCUUUUCCCUCUCCUACAUCCUGUCCUGGUUGUUUUUUGGCUUGGUGUUCUGGAUCACGGCCGCUGUCCAUGGAGACUUGCUGGGCGGCGGGGGGAGCCACACGCCCUGCGUGGAGCAAGUCCACAGCUUCACCUCCGCCUUCCUCUUCUCCAUCGAAACCCAGACCACCAUCGGCUACGGGUCCCGGUGCGUGACGGAAGAGUGCCCCUUCGCCGUCUCCAUGGUCACCUUCCAGUCGGUCAUGAGCUGCCUGAUCAACACCUUCAUCAUCGGCACAGUGGUGGCCAAGAUGUCUAAGGCCAGGAAGCGAGCCCAGACCAUUGGGUUCAGCAACAACGCCGUGAUCGCUGUGCGGAACGGGAAGCUGUGCGUGAUGUGGCGCAUCGGAGACUUCCGAGAGAGCCACAUCAUCGAGGGCACGGUCCGCGCCCAGCUCCUCCGAUUCAAGGAGCACGACGAUCAGAAGUUGUCCAUGGUGCACCAGGACCUGAACGUGGGCACCGGCAAUGUCAUCCUCAUCAGCCCCGUCACCGUGGUGCACGAGAUAAACCAGGGCAGCCCGCUCUACAAGCUCGAUCGGAAAGACCUGGCCGAAGACGACUUUGAGGUCAUCGUGACCUUCGUCUACUCCGAAGACUCGACAGGGAACACCCACCAGUCUCGGAGCUCCUACACCCCCUUGGAGAUCCUGUGGGGCCAUCACUUCAACGACAUCCUCAAGGACAAGACCAGCCAUUACAAAGUCAACUACUCCCAGUUUCACAAGACCCACGAGGUGGCCAUCUCAGACUGCAGCGCCGAGGAGUUGGACUCGACGCCCGUGCAAGCGCUCAAUGUGCUGACGGUGGCCGGAUUGGACAGCGAGGAUGGCAAGUGCGACACUGCCAUCGGUCCCUGUGAAGCCGCGGAGCUGGAGGAAGACCUGUAUGUGUACCAAAGACCCGAGCUUGUGUUCAGGACCCUCUCCAUGGAAUCGGAAAUGUAAUUCCAAUGCCAGAGGCCCUCUGAACAUGCAAUAGGACUAUUUUAGGAAAUGGUGUCAAUGCCUCCUUCGCCAUGUUAAUGCAGCUGAGACAGGCAUGAAAUGCUGGAGUAUCUCAGUGGGUGGAAGCCACCCCAAGCACCACCGAAACGGAUAAUUAAACACAGCAAUCAAUCAUAGACACAAAAAGCUGGAGUAAUUCAGCGGGUCAGGCAGCACCUCUAUAGAAAAGGAAUUGGGUGACGUUGUGGGUCGGGACCCCUCUUCAGACUGAAACGACAUCUAUUCCUGUUGUGUUUCACUGUUGGUAUAACUCGUUAUCACCUACCCCACAGCCAACAAUGGACCAUUGUGGGCUCCACCAUUCCUUGAUCGUCGUUGCUUGUCUGCACAUAUUUCAUUUACGUAUUCCAUGUACUGCCCAUAUCUCUUGUUUCCCUCUCC